GGACUUGUGUGUCAGAGGUGGGAGUUCCCUACCAAAAUUGUUGGAUUGAUUGGAUCCUGUGUGGAGAUUCCCUGUACAUUCUAUCCUAAGAGAAAUUCUGGGCCAUCCAGUACUGUUUGGUAUUUAUAUAGUCUAUCAGGCUAUCCUCGGAUUUUUACUAGUCCAACAAGCUCUUCAGUAUUAUCGGAUUACAGAGGCAGAACCUCGCUAGUACCUGGGAGUAACAGCUGUUCACUGAGGAUAAACCCUGUGAUAAAAGGUGAUGAUGGCAAAUCCUAUUUCCCAGGAGAAGAUGAGGACACCAAUGCCUGGACAAAACAAAGUCGGAGAACUCUACAACUUCAUGUCACAGAUACUCCAAACAGACCAGAACUUUCUGGAAAUGGAAAUAUGGUUGAAGGACGUCCUGAAAUAGUUUCAUGCUCUGUAGUGCACACAUGUGGCUCCAGUCCACCUUCUCUGAGGUUGAACAAAGCCGGAGAAACGGAGAGACAAUCUGUAGAUCUAUCUGGAGGAAAAUGGAGAGAAAUAUUAACAAUCACAUAUAUUCCUUCAUAUGAAGAUGACAAUACGGAAAUUCAGUGCACAGCAACUUAUCAUAACGGGAGAACAUCACAAAAUGCAGCACUGCUGAGAAUCAGAUAUGCACCAAAAGACGUGACGGUCAUCUUACGCACAAACAACAUUCUUUUGGAGGGUAGUGAUGUGACUUUAACAUGUUCCAGCAGAUCUAACCCUCCUCCACGCAGAUAUGAAUGGUACCGUGGGAAUAGCAAAAUUAAGUUAAACUCUGAAGAGAAGGAUUUAAGAGUACUGAAUAUCAGCAAAGACACGGAACCCUUUUCUUGUACUGCAAUAAAUGAUGUUGGGAGAGGAGAAUCGCCACCGACACUGAUACCUGUGCAAUAUGCACCAAUAGAUGUGACGGUCAGCUUAUCCAAAAAUAAAGAGCUUUUGGAGGGUAGUGAUGUGAUUUUAACAUGCUCCAGCAGAUCUAACCCUCCUCCACAAAGAUAUGAAUGGUACCGUGGCAAAAGCAAAAUUAGGUUAAACUCUGAAGAGCAGUAUUUCAGAGUACUGAAUAUCAGCAAAGACACUGAACCUUAUUCUUGUGUUGCAAUAAAUUAUCUUGGGAGAGAAGAAUCACCACCAAUAGAGAUACCUGUGCAAUAUGCUGCUACUGGAGUUCAUGUGGUUGUGAUUCCCCCAAGAGAGGGCGCUACUGAGCUAAAGUGCAAUUUUAUGAGUAGCAACCCCAGUGUGACUCAUUACACCUGGAUCAAGGAUGGAAAUAUCCUAUUGAAUAAAACUGAACAGAUCCUGGUAUUAGACAGCAAUGAAGAUAAAUCAGGGAUGUACUCCUGCAUUGCUCACAACACAGCUGGAAGCUCCACCUCCGCAGAGCUGGAACUUAAAGACAGCACCGUCAAUCAAAACUUGGGUGAUAAUGAAGACAGUCCUAAUUUACUUCUGAUCCUGGGGGUUUUGGCUGGAGUCAUCCUUCUGCUCUUCCUUGUGGUGAUUGUCUUCUUUUAUACAAGACGAAAAAGAAAGCCAACUGCUCCGUUAUCUCCAAUCCGUGGCGAAAUUCCUUCUCAUUUUCCGAGCAUAAGAGAUCAAGAUGAAGCAUUAGUGCAAGAACACCAGUAUGGAAACAUCCAAGUUAAUCCAAAGGUCCAUCCUAGGUCCCAGCGAUCACUGUAUUCAUCUCAUGUGUUGGGAGAACAAAGCCAUGCAAUCUAUACCAAUGAAGAGUUUUUACAUUCAGAAACAGAUAUUGAAUAUUCCACCAUCGCACAUACUCACCACGGAAGAAGGCAAGAUUUAAUUGAUGGUGAUGGCUACGGAGACAAUGUCAGUUACGCUACUAUAAAACAUUAAAAAACAAAUAUAUAUAUAUAUAUA